AUGGCUAGCGAGAAGACGCCCGAGGUUGGCGACAAAGCCUCCUGGAACUGGAACGGCUCCACCCCAUCCGGAGAAGUCGCCGAAAAGAAAGCCGAAGGCGAAGUCUCGGUCCAAUCCAAACGCGGCAACACCAUCAAGAAAUCCGCCCAACCCAAUGACCCUGCGAUCCACCUCGCCCGCCCCGGCAACGACGUCGUGAAGAACCAAUCCGAGCUUAACGUCGAAGAAAAAGCCUCUGGUGACGCCAACGGCACGAAAGAACAAGAAGAUUCUCCCGCCGAGGAAGAGCCCGAAGCCACGCCCGCCAAAACCAAACUUCCCGCCAAAUCCCCUGCCAACAAGCGCAAAGCCACCGAAGAACCCGAGCAGGUGAAGGAGGCGAAGAAGUCAAGGGGGAGACCCAAGGGCGCUGCUGCUACGCCAAAGGAAAAGAAGGAACCGAAGGAGAAGAAGGAGAAGGCUGCGCCAAAGGAGAAGAAAGAGAAGCCGGCUAAAGCUGAGGGAGAGAAGAAGGGAAGGGGGAGGCCUGCGAAGGAUCCCUCCGCGCCCAAGGCAGCGCCCAAGGCAAAGAAGGAGAAGAAGCCUGAAAAGCCUGCUGCCAAACCGAUGGGGGUGGGUAAAAGGACAAGGAGUCAAGCGAAGUAA